GUAAAGGUAUAUACACAUAAAAGUAUAUACAUGUGUAAAGGUAUACAUAAGUACUAAUGUAUAUAAAAGUGUAGAAAAGUGUAAAGCUAUAUAAACGUGUAAAGGUAGCCAUCUUAGCAAGAAUGCUAACCGAUAACUUUUGCAAUCCCAAAUGAGUCAAGUUUAUCAAAAAAAGAAUUCAUAAUUCAAGAUUCAAGAUUCAAGAGUCGGCUGUAAUUUGAUAGAAGUAAACUAUCUUUUCUCUCCAUCUCAUGCACGUAGCCUCUCCUACACACACACACACACACACACACACACACACACACACACACACACACACACACACACAAUGGUCUUUUAACACCUCCCACUUGACUGUCUGUUUCCUAGUUACAAGGCAGAGACCUACUCCUGCUGCUCCUGCUGCAUCUCUCAGAGGUUCUGUUCCAUUUUGGGGGUUCUUCUGCAGACGGAGCUCACGAUGAGACGUGGUCCUGAGCUGAUGGAGCUCGGCGAUGCGUGCACGCUUGUGUCCAGGUUGUGAGGAGAAGGUCCAAAGGCAUGAAUGAGUGCAAAGACGCGUUUGAAAGACGUUAUCAUCCCUUCCGAGGUCCUGCCUGACGUCAGCGCAAAAUGGAGGUGGAGAACGCCAGCACCCCGUUCCUCCUUGACCUUCCCCUCUUCGACGCCAGCGGCCUCAACGAGUCGCUGCUCAACUGCACCAACACCACGGCGGCACAUGGGUCAUGGGGGCCCGGCGCGGCGGGCGUUCUCAUCCCUCUGAUCUACGUGAUCGUGUGCGUGAUCGGCCUGGGCGGGAACACGCUGGUCAUCCAUAUUGUGUUGCAUUACUCCAAGAUGGAGUCAGUGACCAACAUCUACAUCCUCAACUUGGCCAUCGCCGAUGAGCUCUUCAUGCUGGGCCUGCCCUUCCUGGCGGUCCAGAACACGCUGCAGUCAUGGCCGUUUGGGUCGUUCAUGUGCCGCCUGGUGAUGACGGUGGACUCCAUCAACCAGUUCACCAGCAUCUUCUGCCUGACCGUCAUGAGCGUGGACCGCUACCUGGCCGUCAACCACCCCAUCCGCUCUGCCAAGUGGCGGCGCCCUCAGCUGGCCAAAGUGGUGAACGGCACCGUGUGGGCGCUGUCCUUCCUGGUGGUCCUGCCUGUGGUGGUCUUCGCCAACGUCCAGAAGGCCGGUGGUACCUGCAACAUUGUGUGGCCUCAGCCGGCCAACGUGUGGAGAGCGGCCUUCAUCAUCUACACAUCCAGCGUGGGCUUCCUGUGCCCCCUCCUCAUCAUCUGCCUCUGCUACCUCCUCAUCGUCUUCAAGAUCCGCAGCUCGGCCAGGAAGGUGCACGCCGCCUCUACCAAGCGCAGGAAGUCGGAGAGAAAGGUGACGCGCAUGGUGGUCAUCGUGGUGGCCGUCUUCGUCUUCUGCUGGCUGCCUUUCUAUGCACUCAAUGUGGUCAACCUGCUUGUGGCGCUACCCUCCGACUACCAGGGCCUCUACUACUUUGUGGUGGUGCUUGGCUACGCCAACAGCUGCGCCAACCCCUUCGUCUACGGCUUCCUGUCAGACAACUUCAAGAGAGGUUUCAGGAAAGCCCUCUGUCGCACCAGCAGGAAGGUGGAGGACCGCCGGCCCGAGCAGCUCCAGCUGGCACAGGAAGAGGGCAGGAGAGCGCUGGUGCCCCGUGAGAGCCUGGGGCGCGGUCUCGACGAUGACGAGGAGGACGCCUCGGAAAUGACCCAGGUCUACGAAAUCGGCCAAAACGGAAACACUGACUGCCCAUCGCAGAAUCUGCAGCCUUUGUUGACUGACAAAGAGGUGACGGAAGUGACCCCCCUAGAACUAGCCUCCCACACUGCCGGGAAAGAGCCGGCCUGCGGGGCGUCGCUAACGGCACCUUCGCUCGCAAACGCCACCACAAACGGGAGUGUGAAAGCACUGGCGGAGAACAGCAUGGAACAGAGCGCUUCUUUGGAAAUAAGUUACUUGUACUCUUCAAUGAUGUCAAAGAGAUAACGUUGCUAACAUCCAUAACAUCGCUAAUCGCUCUAGUAGAGCCAAAAGCACAAUGAAAGACACCUUUUCUUCAACUUGCCUUUUACAUGUGAAUGUUUCUCCUGAGCACAGAAUGUAUAUAUACUGUAUGUUGACAUAUUGCACAUUUUGUGGCCUUGUUGCACACGUUUGACUUCACUGACACUUUGCUAGCGCUUUCGAAGCUGCUUCAGAUUAUAUGCUAGCUGGCUCAAAGUGACUUUACAUAAAAUGUUUACAUUUUGUAAAGCUCACAGUGUGAUUUUGUGUCAUUAAAGACACAUUACAAAGUAUUUAGGACUUAUUCUAUCUUUCCUGAGCAGCGUUUGAUGGUGUAUUGAGUGUGUUCUGCAUGUUACGUGUUAGCUGGUGAG